AGUAGGUUCGGGAUUUGCUACCGAUGUCGUUACCUUUCUUGUCUUUCGAUUUUUACUUGGUCUUGGCAGUAUAACCUGUUUUCUCACAGCUUAUGUUAUUGGUUGAUACCAGAAUCCCCCAGAUGGUUAUUAUCUAAAGGUAGAUAUAAAGAAGCUGAGGAAAUUAUCCGCAAAGCAGCCAAAGUUAAUCAGGUUGAUAUCCCGGAAAAUCUUUUUGAUAAAUCAUCUCUUGAAACAACUGCUGAUGCUAAUAUUAGUCAGAUGUUUACAUCUCAACGACUUGUAACGAUGUCUCUUAUUGUUUUCUUUAAUUGGUUUGUAGCAAGUGUGACAUAUUUUGGCUUAACUUUAAAUGUGACUAAUCUAAGUGGAGAUGUCUAUCUGAACUUUACCAUUGGAAACAUAGCAGAGACCAUCGCCUAUGUUUUAUGUAUUAUAUUACUGGACAGAUUAGGAAGAAAAGUUCUACAUUGUUCUGUUAUGUUAAUAGGUGGUUUAGCUUGUCUCAGUACCAUGUUUCCAGUUAUAUAUGGAGAUGAUUUCCAUCAAUGGAUAACAAUAGCUUUAUCAAUGGUGGGAAAACUAGCCAUUUCAGCAGCAUAUGCUACCAUCUAUAUUUUCACAGCCGAACUAUUUCCAACUGUUCUAAGAAACACAGCCUUAGGUAGUAGUUCCACUUGUUCACAAAUAGGCGGAAUGAUAUCGCCCUAUAUCGCAGAUCUGGGAAUACUGAUCGGAGGAGAUCUGAAAACAGCUUUACCUUUAAUAGUGUUUGGUUCUGUCUGUGUAACUGCUGGACUACUGUCUUUGUUUCUACCUGAAACUUUAAAUCAAAAGUUGCCAGAAAGCCUUGAAGAUACUAAAAGUUUAAAAAGAAACGGCCGGAACAAAGGAAAUUCGAGGAUGACAGAAACAAAUGGUGAUAACAUUUCUUGAUGGGCAACAAUAGCAUCUUUCAGGGAAUGUACAUAGUAUACAAAGAAUUCACGAGACCUUAAAAUAAGUAAAACAUCACACCUCCAAUCCGUUUUUGGGGUUUUUUUUUUUAUUUUAUUUCAUUUUUAUUCUCUAGAUCACUGCAAGAAGAUGUUUCAU